AUGCGAGUAGCAGAUUCUGAUGGCAACUAUCAUACCACUGGGGGUUCAUGGCCAGAUCUCACUGCUGAGAUACCCUCAGGCGACCUGUUGCCAAGUCGCUCACUACCCACUGAUCCGAUCGAGGAUGAAGCGUCACUCAUCGAAGAUUCAGUAGUGGACAUUCGCCCUACACUCUGUUGUUGUGCUGUGUGCCAUGAAGAUGUGAAAGGCCUGGCCACGGUAUGCAACGUGUGCGAACACGGUGGACAUGUGGCACAUAUUUCGAGUUGGUUCGAUCGGCCCGGCAAGAGCUGUCCGUUGACCAUAUGCACAUUUUCCCACAACGGCGACUUUCUCAAGUCGUGUUUCAUCCCUGCCAUGAAAGCUAGCAUCCAGAGAGCAUUCGACCACGAAAUCGAUCAUGAUAUCUAA